GUCGACUGGUGCGACAGCAUGCUCGAAGACAUGUGCGAGGACUUGGAGAGCAUAGACCACUCGAUUCGCGACUCCGAACAGGCGGACUUCGAGGACGGGUUCGACGACUGGGACUGGGUCGACAGUGAGAUGCAGCGCGAAGCCGAGGAAGAUGCGCGUGAGAGAGUACAGUGGAGCAAAGAAAUGGAAUUCCAGAAUGAAUACCGCCAGCGUCUCGCCAACAUGACGGUGAAGUACCUGAACAUGCAAGGUAGCGAAAUCCACACCUCGAAGCCUUAUCCACUCUGCCAUGUCGAACCGUGCGAAUCUUCCCGGGAAGCCUGGCUGCACACUUUGCACGAAGGAAACAGCCCAGAUCGCUGUCUCUCCCUGCGCCAACUACGUCUCAGACGACAAGAAAUUAAGAAGCCUAUCCUGGCGGAAACGCUGCAACAUCGCAGCGCCAGGGAAGUCUUGCUUCACGAUUUGGACAGCGGUCCUGCAGGACCCAUCCCCCUCGACACCACGAAGCUGGUCUUGGGCGGGGACGUGAUCACAGACACCUGGAGCUGGCGUGAACUGUUGGGUCACAGCUUGAGCAACGACGUCGUGCACGUGCAAGUUGUCUACAUCUCAGAGAAAGCCACAGGAACUCGCGCAGAGCCGAUGCUGCACUUCCAUUCAGUGAACGGCGAGCUGGCUCACAGCUGCCCCGUGCAUGCUUGCGCCAGCCCGUCCAGCGACCUGGGAAUCGAAGAAACGCUGAGAAUCUACUUGCACCAACAGACAGGCACCCCGCGCUACCGAACCCAGUUCGUCAUCGGCCAAAAGAAAGCAGACAACAGCCGUCCCUGGAGAAGAUUGGUCCUUUGCUCUAUGCUACAAAGACAUCUCGACAUCCAGGUCAUCGUCCGAGCAUAUACUCAAGAAGGAUUUGAGCACCUCUUAGACGCAGUGAGAAGGCAGGAUGCCAAGCGGGUCAAGAACGUCCUGGAAGCUUUUGCAGAUCCCAACAUGUGUAUGAGAAGAAGAGACAUCGAGCCUAUGUAUGCUCAACCGCUACAGCUGGCUGUCCACUUGGAAGACCACGCAGUCGCCAAGAUGCUUCUCUUUGCAGCGGCAGACGUCAACAAGCGGAUCGGGCAGCAAGUCGACACUCCCUUGCUUACUGCCAGCCGAAACCAGGACUUGAAUAUGAUGCAGCUUCUCUUAUACUCCCACGCAAACCCCAACCUCUCAGACGUGCUGCAAAACCCACCCUUGGCGGUUGCCACACACAACCAAAAUCUGAAAAUGGUGCGGCUGCUCCUAUGCUCCCGCGCCGAUCCCAACCUCAGAAAUUAUAGGGGAGACACACCGUUGCACCACUGCAUCAACCAUGGCAACACCGGCGCCAUCUCUUCCAUGGCUAUGCUACUCCGAUUUCGCGCUGACCCUCGCGUCGAAAAUCGCUGCGACAAGCUGACGCCGCUAGGCUUGGCAGUCCAGUGGGGCCAAUCCAAACCAGCUCGACUGCUGCUGAAGCAUCGUGCCCUCUUGCACGAGAAAGCAGCGUCCCGCAGUGCUUUGCACAUUGCUGCCGAGAAAGGCAGCGCAGCAUUUCUGCGGCUGCUAGUCGAAGCUAGAGCUGACGUCAACACAACCAACGCCAGCGGCCAAGAAAAGAAUGCGAUCCGGUACUGCAAGAAGGGAUGGAGGGCCCUCUUGAGCUUCUGCUGUGAAAUGUUCAGCUUUGACGAAAUCCGUGCUACUGCACCAACCUACAGCGCCGACAAGAAGAGCAGCAGGAAAAUGAGAGGGAGAAGCCUGCAGAUCCCCGGAGUGAGCCACGAGAAAGAAACUGAGCAGCAAGCAAAGGCAGGACAGCUUCUCAAGUGCUUAAUCAUUGACUUCUUGAGUUCCUUCACCGAGCUUGCUCGCAGCGUUUCGGACGCAGCCCUGUAG